AUGGCGCCGAGCGUGGGCGAAAUGUCCGCCCUCGGCACUAUUGCGGGAAGAGACGCUGCUGAAGGGUCAAAGCGAAACGAAGGGCGGUUGCAGUGGAAGCACUGGAGAGAGGAUCAGGUGAGGGAAUUCGCCUCACAGUUCGGUCUGCUCCCUGCGUGCUAACACCCCCGCUUGGCGCCUGAUGCCCUACUUGCAUGCCGGACUCCGAGCAGCAUGGAGAGGGCUCUCCCCUGCUCGGUGCACCACCCUGACCGCUUUGCAAGACCCUAAGGCCGGCGCCCUCGUCCUGAAGUCCCUAUCCACCGAUGUCUACGAGAACCUGGGGCUGGAGGACUGGCUGCACCAGUGCGUGCAGCCCCAGGACCGGGAGGUGCUCCUGCUGUGGAGGAAUAGCCCGGCCGUGGUCAUCGGCCGCCACCAGAACCCCUGGCAAGAAUGCAACCUGAAGCUGAUGAGGCACAAGGACGUUCAGCUCAGCCGCAGGAGAAGCGGGGGAGGCACUGUCUACCACGACCUGGGCAACAUUAACGUGACCUUCUUUACCUCCAAGAAGCGAUACGACAGGCGCGGCAACCUGGAACUGAUCAUCUCUGCCCUGAGGAGGAUUCGACCUCACUUGGACAUCAUGGCCACAGACAGGCUGGAUCUGCUGCUCAACCGUGCCUUCAAGAUCUCGGGGACAGCCUCCAAGAUCGGAAGGACCACUGCUUACCACCAUUGCACCUUGCUGUGUAAUUCAGAUAGCUCGCUAUUGUCCUCUGUGCUCUGCACUCCUCAUCGGGGUCUGAAAAGCAAUGCUACCCCUAGUAUACCGGCCAUUGUGAAAAACCUCCAGGAAGAGGAUCCCACUCUCACUUGCGACACCUUGAUGGACGCUAUCGCAGCCGAGUACUCAAGGCGCCAUGGCCUCCAAAACCAAAUCUUGCACAUUGAUCCCAAAGACACUUUGGUGCUACCAGGAGUUGACAAGUUUACACAAGAGCUUAAAAGCUGGGACUGGAUCUAUGGAAGAACACCCACAUUUAGUGUCUGUCACACCUUCUCUGUGGACCAUAACUUAUCGAGGGCAGAAGUUAAACUGAGUAUGAACAUAAACCGUGGCCGGAUUGAAACCUGUAACAUUGAUGUCUUGUCUGACUGGCUGCCAUCAGAAAUGUGUGACCAGCUGGCCACCGACCUCCUUGGCAGCAAGUUUUGUCCCACUGAAACGAUGGUUUUGGCAAAUUCCCACUUAAGGGUUUGUACCCAGGAUAGCAUACUCCAUAAUAAAUGGAAUUUACUUUGUGAGCAAGUUACAGCAAUUAUGUAAUUUUUGGUCUGAAUGAUUGUAGAGGAUACACUGUACAACUGGAUAGUCUUGAAUUUAAUACAGCUGAAACUACAAGCUGUUAGCUUGAAUCUGGAGAAAGUUUGUUCUGUUUUAUAACUCUUACGCAAAGAUGAAUUUUACCAAAAUAUUUUCUCUUUUAUACUCCACUUUAUUAAAUUAAAUAUGAAAAUACACUCAAUGGCCACUUUAUUGGGUACAGGAAUGAACCUGAUUUGACCUUCUGUCUCUGUCAUCCAUCCACUUCAAGGUUCAAUGCAUUGUGUGUUCAAAGAGGCUCCUCUUCACUGUUGUAACAAGUGGUUAUCUGAGUUACUGUCUCCAUCCCGUCAGCUUGAACCAGUCUGGCCAUUCUCUUCUAACCUCACUCAUUAACAAGACACUUUUGCUCAAAGAACUGCCGCUCACUCGUUUUUCUUUUGUUUUUUUACUCCAUUUUCUGUAAACUCUACAGAUUGUUGUGCAUGAAAAUCCCAGGGGACCAGCAGUUGCUGAGAUACUCAAAACACCCUGUCUGGCACCAACAGCCAUUCCACAGUCAAAGUUAUUUAGGUCAUAUUAUUUGUUGAUUUGCUGCCAGAUGAUUGGUUGUUUAGAUAUUUGCAUUAAUUAGCAAGGUACAAGUGUACCUAAUAAAGUGGGCACUAAGUGUAACUGCACACACAAAAUGCUGGUGGCACUCAGCAGACCAGGCAGCAUCUAUGGAAAAAAGUAAACAGUUGAUUUUUCAGGCUGAGAUGCUGCUAUCCCAUAGAUGCUGCCUGCCCUGCUGAGUUCCUCCAGCAUUUUGUGUGUGUUGCUUUGGAUUUCCAGCAUCUGUCAGGGUUUUGUCAGUGUGAAUAGAAACAGGGUGCUUAAUUUUAAAUUAAAAUUGGAAAUUUUUGGAAUUAUGCUGUCUUGGUCUCUAUGUAUUUACAGCAUUGCCAAUUUAUUGCAGAUACCACACUUCUGGAGUAUUUUUACAGAGCCCUCGAACAUUAAUCCAGAGAUUUAAAAUCCCAUUCUGGAUCACUGAAGAAAUUAAAUUUGUGCUGAAAUAUUUCUGCAAUUUAAAAGGAAGAUCAUCUCAGAAAUAUACACAAUCUUCUGGAUUGUGAAAACGAACAUCUUGUUUACUUGAGUGUUGAAAAUGACUGAAGUUCAAAGUACUUUUAUUAUCAAAGUAUGUAUACAUUAUACAGCCUUGAGAUUCGUCUCCUUACAGGCAGCCACAAAACAAGGAAACCCAAUAGUACCAAUUUUUAAAAAAAGAUUGUCGAACACCCAACUCUACUUACUUUACACUUAUGACCAUGUGGCUAAGUACAGCUUCAAUGCCAUGUUCAAGUUUGCUGCCGUAGGCUGAAUCAAUGAUUGUGAUAAAUCACCACACAGGAGGAGAUUGAAAAUCUGGCUGAGUAGUGCCAUAACAGCAACCUUUCAUUCAAUGUCAGCAAGACCAAGGAUCUGACUAUAGAUUUCAGGCAAAGGAAACCAGUAGUCCAUGAGUCAAUCCUCAUUGGAGGACCGGAGGUGGAGAGAGUUUAAAUUCCUAGGUGUUAUUAUUUCAGAGGACCUGUCCUGGGUCGAGCAUGUGCGCAAUUAUGAAGAAAGCAUGGAAGCACGUCUAAUUCCUUUGGAGUCUGCGAUGAUUCGGGAUGACAUCCAAAACUUUGUCAAACUCCUAUAGAGUAUAUUGACUGGCUGCAUGAGAGCCUAGUAUGGAAAAACCAAUUCCCUGAAUGGAAAAUUCUACAAAAAGUAAUGGAUAUGGCCCGGUCCAUCACAGGUAAAGACCUCCCAACCACUGAGCCCAUCUCUAUGGAGCAUUGUCACAGGAAAGCAACUUCCACCAUCAGGGACACCCAUGUUCUCGUCUCACUGCUGCCAUCGGAAGAAGAUACAAGAGCCUUAGGAUUUGUACCGCCAGGUUUAGGAAUAGUUGCUACCCCUCAACCAUCAGUCUCUGAACAAAGGGGAUAACCACUCAACUGCCCCAUCAUUGAAAUGUUCUCACAACCAAUGGACUCACUUUCAAAUACUCUUCAUCUCUUAUUCUUGAUAUUUAUUGCUUAUUUAUUUAUAUUAUUGUUUCUUAUUGCAUUUGCACAGUUCGGAGACUUCUGCACUCUGAUUGAAUCCACAAGUUGAGCGGCCUUUUGUUGAUUCUGUUAUAGUUUCUAGUCUAUAGAUUUGUUGAGUAUGCCCACAAGAAAAAAUAUCUCGGGGCUGUAUAUGGGGACAGGUAUGUACUUUGAUAAUAAACUUACUUUGAACUUUGAAUGUGUAGAAAAAAAUACAAAUGAAUACAAUAAAAGUAAGCAAACAAUGUUCAGAACUGAAUGUCACAGAAGUGAGUGUGCAGCCAUGAAGCCAGUCAUCAUCGUAGCCAGUCUUGGAGCUCAUUACCCACAGCCUCAGCUCAGCGUAGAGAUGAGUAAACCUUGUGGAGCAGCUAGCUGAACACUUGCCCAUCCCUAUCCUGUGGCCCUGACAGUAUCUUUUCCUCUCAUUUUGUGCUGCUUAUUUAAUUCAUCUAUAAACCUAUUUAAUUGAGUAACAAAUUAGGUAUUUAAAUGAAAUACAGAACAAACACUACAACAGUAUUGUAAAGCUGAGUAUCAGUUCUUUAUAGUUAUUGAUGGAGGAAUUCAGCCAGUACGCUACAGUACUCUCCUGAUAGACUGUAAAUGAACAAAAUCAGUGUAGAUGUGUAGUGCAGAAAAAGGACUGCCUUUAUGCAAUGCUUUUGACAAUUGAAUCCUCCAAAUCUUCAUUUUCAUUGUAACAUUUUAAUACUUUCAAUGUAAUUCCCAAUUUGCUGAAAUAGUGAAAUCAUUUCAUUUUCACUCCCGGCCAUUUCUGUCAUCUCCAAGCCUGAAUGCUUGAAACCGCAGUGAGCAAAGUAAGUUCUAAGUUAACUUGUUACUGAUUUCUCGCCAAUAAUCAGUGACAUAAAUCACUGCUUCUUGAACACAAACAGAUGCAACUGGUGCUAUUCAAAACUGUUUGCUCUGUUGUGUCGAUGAGCGAUGCAGGUAUACACAAUCGAUGCAAGUUAGAAACUGGCAACAGUCUCCUGCCCCAGUUAAGUGGUAUAAUCUAAAUAAACUAAGGACAUCCAACUAUUUUUUCAAUUAGUUUUUGUUCUUUAAGUGUUAUCCCAAGUAAGUGGUUGCUCCAACUUACUGAUGGCCCAAUUAUCCAGAACACACUGUACUUCUAAUAAUUUUUAUUAUGUAUUGCUGCCGUAAAACAACAGAUUUCAUGAUAUAUGCCAGUAUUAUUAAACCUGAUUCUGAUUUUUGCAUUGAGCUUGUACUAACAUGACAUCCAAACGCCUCCUAUACAAUUGUUGUGUGACUCUAUAUUGACCAAGGGAAAUAGGAAAACUAAGUGAGAGAAAAACAUUGUCAGAAGGGAAGGAUUUGAAGGAGACAUAGAACAUUGAACAGUAUAGCACAGGGACAGACCCUUCAGCCCACAAAGUGGUGCUGAUCCAAUUAGUAAUCAAAUGGGCAACCUAACAUAGAACAUCGCAAAGUAGAGGGAGAAAUAACAACAUUCAAAAAACACUUGGAGAGUUACAUACAUAGGAGGGGUUUAGAGGGAUAUGGCCAAACAGGAGCAAAUGGGAUUAUCUUAAUAGGCAGUCAGCAUGGACAGGAUGGGCUGAAUGGUCUGUUUCUAUGCUGUUUUACUCCAAGAUGACAAAGCAGGGAGAUCAGAAGAUAAAGUUUGGAGCAGAGAAUUAUGCUCUGUGCUUUUGAAUUAGUUCCAUUUGCUUGCUGUGGAAGUAAUAUAAUUUUUUUUUUGUAAGUUCUAACCAUGACUCCACUAUUCUGGUACCAUACUCCCAAUGUAAAAUAAAACUUCCUCACCAGUUUGCCUUUUCCUCAUAUUAAAUUUAUACCUUGUUCAUAAUAAAAUGCAUUUAUUCAGCACAUAAUAAUGUCGUACAGAAGUGUCACUAUUAACUGUGUGCUGUCCUCAAUGUAUUGCAGUAACUCAGUAAGUCAUUGUGGAGAGACCCCCGAAGGUGAUUAACUCCAUCCUCAGAGACUUGGGUAGGUGGGAGAUCACACUUUGCCUUAAAGUAGUAUGAGACUUCAUUUAUCCCAGUAGCAGUUCAGCAUCUUCUUUAAGGCCUGUGGGGAAGGGCAGCGAACACUGUCCUUGACCGAGACACUCGUUUCACAAAUUAAUUUAAUAGUGAAAAGUACCAUUUAAUCCAGGAUAGUGGUGAUAAAACUCAUUUUCUGAGGGCUAGAAUGUAAAAGCAAGGAUGUAAUACUGAGGCUUUAUACGACCUUGUCAUACUUCACUUAGAAUACUGUUUUCGCCCCCUUAUCUAAGAAAGGAUAUGCUGGCAUUGGAGAGGACCAGAGGUGAUUCACAAGAAUUAUCCCAGGCAUGAAAGGGUUAACAUAUGAGGAACGUUUGAUGGCUCGGGGAAUAUUGAAAGGCCCAGAAAGAGUAUAUGUUUCCUAUAAUGGAGGAGCCUAGGAUCAGAGGACAUAGCCUCAGAAUUCAAGGAUGUCCCUUUAGAACAGAAAUGAGGAAUUUCUUUAGCCAGAGGGUGCUCGUUUCCACUGACAGCUGUGGAGGCCAAAUUAUUAGAUGCAUUUGAAGUGGCAAUCGAUAGGUUCUUGAUUAGUAAGUGUGUCAAGGGUUACAGAGAGAAGGUAGUAGAAUGGGAUUGAGAGAGAGAAUAAAUCAGCCAUGAUGGAAUGGCGGAGAAGAUGCAAAGGGACACCAUUCUGCUCUUAUGUCCUAAGGAAUCAUUCAAAGAAAAUUUUAUUACCAAAGUACAUAUGUUACCAUAUACAACCCUGAGAUUCAUUUUCCAGUGGACAUACUCAGUAAGCCUAUAUAUUAAUAACUAUAAUAGGAUCAAUGAGAGAUCAACCAGAGUGCAGAAGACAACAAAGUGUGUAAACAACACCCUGAUGUUUGAGGGGUUGUAACUGUUCUUGAACCUGGUGGUGUGAGCCCUGAGACCCUUGUACCUUCUACCUAAUGGCAGCAGUGAGAAGAGAUUAUGGCCUGGGUGGUGAGGAUCUCUGAUGAUGGAUGCUGCUUUCCUACAACAGCGUUUCACAUGGAUUUGCUCAAUGGUUGAUGGCUUUAC